GGUAGCACCAGGCCACACGCCCUCCCUCGCACUGAACAUUCUACAAGCCUCUUCUGCCUCACACACUCUCUCUCUCUCUCUCUCUCAAGCCAUAAGAGAUAGCAAGGCAGCGCACCCUCUUCAGACGGCAAGCAAGGGAGGCAUAUAAAUAUAUGCAGCACAUGUUCCCUCUGCUCAGCACCGUCAGCAGCAUGCAAGGACCUCCUCCCGGCCCCGGCCAGCAGCAGAGCAGCAAGCAGCUGAUGAGGACGGUGUCCAUCUCGGUGCUGGUGAUGUCGCUGCCGGUGCUCUACGUCUCCUUCCUCCACGUCCCGCCCGCCGCGCUCGCCCGCGACACCACCUUCUGGUUCCUCAUGUCCAACUCCAUCAUCAUCGUCAUCGCCGCCGACUCCGGCAUGCUCUUCUUCCGCUCCUCCUCCUCCUCCUCGCCGGACGACGACGGUGACGGCGACGGCGGCCUCCACGCGCCGCCGCCGACCAAGGACCAGCAGGCUUCUUUGGUUGGCGUGGCGGCGGCCAUCGCCGAGAGCAGCGGCGACGACGACCGCGCGUACGCAUUGGUCGAGAGCAGAGACAUCGUCGUCGUCGUAAGCCCGUCGGCGACCAACGACGGCGGCAGCGCAGCGACGACGGCGAGCCGGAGCCGGAGCCUGGCCGGGAGCGAGGAGCGGCGGGCGGCGAGGCGGCGGCACCACCGGCGCGCCGGGCACCGGCCGUCGCACUCGCAGUCGUCGCAGGCCCUCGUCCCCGUAGUCGUGCAGGACAAGAGCGUGGUGCUCAGCGAGGAGAAGCCGAGGCGGCAGCUCCGGCGCGCCGCGACUACGACGACGACGGACAGGCGGCCGCCGCCGGAGACUACUGCCGACGAGAAGGAGAAGCUGGAGAGCGAGUACUCGAGGCUGUCGGACGAGGAGCUGAACCGGCGCGUGGAGGAGUUCAUCGCCAGGUUCAACCGGGAGAUGAGGCUACAGCUGGAGGAGGAGGAGGAUGAGGAGGAGCAGGCGAGACGAAGCGGAAGCGAAAGCGACUGACUGACGCCAUGCGCGCGCAUGCACAGCGACCAGAGUUCCAUGCCCCUUGUAUAGCAGAGCACUCCACUCCAUGUUUGGCCGGCCAGCUGCUAGGGUCUUCUCUUCUCCAUGUGUAGUAGUGAGUAGUGACUAGUGAGGAUAUAGUUUGGGUUUUGUAUGUGAGAACUGAGAAGGCAGAAGAGCACGACGAGCGUAUGAGCGCGAAUAAACAGUAGACAAGAACACGCAGCUAGAGCGCGCGGCGCGCGAGAAAAAAAAAAUAAACAACCACAUUUUCGGAGCAAGCUA